AUGUCUAAAUGUGCUGCAUCCAAUGAUGAUGCACCUAUCAUGAAGUGCAUCAGAAUUGAUGAUGGGAAUCAGACAGCACUGCUGGCAGAUAAAUGUGCAUGGGCAAUUCUGGAGCAAUUCCUUACCAUGGACAUGACAUACACUCAGAUGGAAGAAGCACUUUCAUCAUACCUUGGCAACCAAUAUUCUCCAAAUGACUGGAAGGAAUCUUGA